AACAUAACCUCAAAAUAAACUAAACAAAAAGCCGUCAAAUCAUCAUCCAAACAACUUGCAAAAAUUACAGAGAAUAGUUUUUUUUUGCAAAGAUAUAAACUAAUUAUUUUAUCCUUUUAAAUUUAAUAGUGAAAUAAAAAAAUGAGUUCAAUUGGAACAGGUUACGAUCUAUCAGCUUCACAAUUUUCACCGGACGGACGGGUGUUCCAAAUUGAUUAUGCUGGUAAAGCUGUAGAAAAAAGUGGCACCGUUGUUGCUCUACGCGGAAAAGACAGUGUUAUUUUGGCUGUUGAGAAAAUUGUCACCAGUACAUUAUACGAAGAGGAUGCCGGUGCACGUAUCUUUACCGUGGAUAAAAAUAUUGGUUUAGCUAUAGCUGGUCUGUUAGCUGAUGGUCGUUAUAUCGUCGACAUAGCACGCCAAGAGGCUGCCAACUAUCGCCAACAGUUUGAACGUACCAUACCAUUGAAACAUUUGACCGAACGUAUUGCCGCUUAUGUACAUGCCUAUACUUUGUACAGUGCUGUAAGACCGUUUGGUGUUUCAGUUCUACUCUCCGCUUGGGAUGAAAAUCAAGGUGCACAAUUGUAUAAAAUUGAACCUUCAGGCUCAUCAUUUGGCUAUUUUGCUUGUGCUAGUGGCAAAGCUAAACAACAGGCUAAAACUGAAAUGGAAAAAUUCAAUUUCCCCGAAAUGUCCACAGAAGAUUUAGUACAAAAUGCUGGUAAAAUCAUCUACCAAGUCCACGAUGAGUUAAAAGACAAAGAUUUCCGCUAUGAAAUGAGUUUGGUGGGUAAAGAAACCCAAGGCUUGCAUCGUAUUAACCCAGUGCCCUGGCAUAAAAUGGCCAUUGAAGCUGGCGAAGCAUUCAAAAAUGAGGAUGAUAGUGAUAAUGAAAUUUAAUUUCUCUCUAUUUUUUUAAUAUUUUAUAUAAUUUUUGCGAAAAAUUAAAGAAACAAAAACUCAUCUAAAUUUAAAAAUGUGUUUGUGGUUUUAAAAACAAAACUGAUUUGACCAUUGAUGUGAAAAAAGUUUAUGAAUUUUGUAAGAGAUUGAAGUGUGGUAAGGAAAAAUAAACUAUUAAAAUAAA